CCUGAUCACGUCGAUCCAGGCUCACACUAUGUAUCAGGUGGGACUGAUGGAGACGGACCAGCACAUUGAGUUCUUCUGGGCCGCGCUCGAGAUGUUCACGCAGGAGGAGCUCAGCAAGUUCAUCAAGUUCGCUUGCAACCAGGAGCGAAUCCCCUUCACCUGCCCCUGUAAAGACGGCGGCCCCGACACGGCUCACGUGCCCCCCUACCCCAUGAAGAUCGCCCCGCCUGAUGGGGCAGUGGGUUCCCCAGAUCUGCGUUACAUUCGCGUGGAGACCUGCAUGUUCAUGGUCAAGCUGCCGCAGUACUCUUCCCUCGACGUGAUGCUGGAGAAGCUGCGCUAUGCUAUCCACUAUCGCGAGGAUCCUCUCAGCGGUUAAACCUGAUUCCUCAGAUCCCCGUCGACCACACGACCUUCAGUGAUUACUUCAGUUCUCACUUCUUCUUCUUCAAGAAUAGUCAUGAAGGAACUUGAUCAGCCCAGACCAGCUUGCCUUUACGGAGACUAGCGUUAGCGUGCAUUUGACGGCGAGUUUGACAGCAGCUCGCGGUGGUGAAGAGUAUGCCACAUUUUUAUAAAAUGACCUACAUGUGCUGUUCUUCAACAAAUGUGAAGGAAAUGGCACUGUAACUGCUUUUCUCCCUUUUUAAACAUUUAAUCUCUCUCUCUCGCUCUCCAUCUCAUUUAAUCAGUCUUUCAUCAUUGCAUUCCCAGUGUGCCUCAGCACCUUCUCUCCAUUAGUGACAGUGAUUGUUGAUGCACAUUCAUCUACAGAGAUGCCGAAUUUAGCUUUGCACAGGACUUAAACGUUCCGCUCAAAGUUAUACUUGCAUCUUUCAGGAUACAUUUGGGGUGAAUCUCAAGAAACCGGUCAAGAACAUGUCCAAAAAAUAAACCCUUUUUGUACCAUGAAUGUUUUUUUUUUUGCAUAUAUCCCCAAUUCUCAUUACCCUAAUGCACCUCAGGUUUUUUUUUGCUUUUUUUGGCGUUUUCCCUCAAUUGUCAUUACCCUAAUUUUC